AUGUGGGAGGAGGCAGAGAGAGGGAGAGCAGGAGAAAGAAGGGGGAACAAGAGAGAAAGAAAAGAGCAAGCAAAGAGUAUGUGUAGUGUGUGAAGAGAUAAAUAUACAUCUGAAAGAGCAGCAGGGGUACAGAGAGUGAGACAGAGUGUGUUGCAUAGUUGCUCCUCUCCUCUCCUCCUGUGCUGCACAACUUAGGCUGAGGGACCAUGAAGCAGGGUUGGACUCUUCCUUGGCUUGCCGCUGUCUUGCUUGGGCUGAUGGGGAUCCGGGUGUCAGGCUCAGAGUUCCAGCAUCACCGCUACGAGGAGAUGGUGAGAGCCAUGUAUGCAGUGCACAGUGACUGCCCCUACAUCACACGCAUAUACAGCAUCGGGCGCAGCGUGGAGGGGCGCCACCUCUAUGUGUUGGAGUUCAGUGAUAACCCGGGCAUCCAUGAAGCAUUGGAGCCUGAGUUCAAGUACGUGGGCAACAUGCAUGGCAAUGAGGUGCUCGGCCGUGAGCUGCUCAUUAAGUUCUCCCAGUUUCUGUGCGAGGAGUAUCGAGCCGGAAACCAGCGGAUCAUGAGGCUGAUCCAUGACACGCGCAUCCACAUCCUGCCCUCCAUGAACCCCGAUGGCUACGAGGUGGCUGCCAGACAGGGUCCAGAGUUCAACGGCUACCUGGUGGGUCGAGGUAACGCCAGAGAUAUCGACCUGAACCGGAACUUUCCAGACCUGAAUGCGCUCAUGUAUUACUAUGAGAAGACCAACGGACGAAACCACCACCUGCCGCUGCCGGACAACUGGGAGCAACAGGUUGAACCAGAGACUUUGGCUAUCAUAAAGUGGAUGCAAAACUACAAUUUCAUCUUGUCUGCCAACCUCCAUGGAGGAGCUGUAGUGGCCAAUUACCCAUUUGACAAGUCGAGAGACGCCCGCAUCCGAGGGAGGACCACUUAUGCAGCAACUCCAGAUGACAAAAUUUUCAGAAACUUGGCGAGGACCUACUCAUAUGCUCAUAGCUGGAUGCACAAGGGUUGGAACUGUGGGGACUUCUUUGAUGAGGGGAUCACCAACGGGGCCAGCUGGUACUCUCUGUCCAAAGGCAUGCAGGACUUCAACUACCUCUACAGCAACUGUUUUGAGAUCACCCUGGAGCUGAGCUGUGAUAAGUUCCCCCCAGCAUCUGCACUGCCAAGAGAAUGGCUGGGCAACCGUGAAGCACUGGUUUCAUAUCUGGAACAGGUGCAUCAUGGGAUAAAAGGCAUGGUGUACGAUGAAAACAACAAUCCUAUCGCCAAAGCUGAGAUCUCGGUGGCUGGCAUCAACCAUGACAUGACUACUGGAGUGGAUGGCGACUAUUUCAGACUCCUGUUACCAGGCACCUACACUGUGACAGUCUCUGCCCCGGGUUACGUUCCCUCCACCAGCACGGUCACUGUGGGACCAGCUGAGGCCAUACUGCUUCAUUUUUACUUGAAAGCAGCACCAAAACAAAACCUGAAAGUGAAGCCCCACAACGGCAAGAAGAACCUCUCAUCUCCCAAGGCCCCCUUAAAACUUGGCCCUAGAUGAGACACAGACAGUAGUUUAGACAACACACAUACACUGAAAACCCCACAAAACACACACACACACACACACACACACACACACACACACACACACACACACACACACACACACACACACACACACACACACACACACACACACACACACACACACACACGUUAUGAAAGAGUUUACCAUAAUACCAUUUAUGUAGUCCUAUGAUUAUGUAUUUCAACCUUCUGUGCUUUUUGUUGAUAAAUAUAAAUUGUGUGUCUGUGUUAAGGAAUUGUUGGUGUAUUUAUGUAACAUGUUGAUUUGUAUGAACACAACGAUCCUGUAUUUGUAAAGGACCUUUUUUGAUUUUGAUAACAGUAAUUUGAUGAAAAUUGAAAAUAAAAUAAUGUUUUUGUUGUCCAAAUUUA